AUGGGGGCAUCUGGGGAUCCAGUGGAGGACAGCCCCGUGGAUGAAAAGGACGCCCAGGCGCAAUGUGCCAAGUGUCUGUCUACACCUGAACGUUGUAUUUUCUGCCUCUCUCUAGAUGGAAGGCAAUAUGUGCCCCUACAUCACGAGAGCUCUGCACCUGCAUCAGCAAGGCUACCGUACAGCACCGCCCUCGCAUCGCACGCGGCCUGUGCCAAGUGCUGGGCUGAUUGGGAGGAGCAUCUCCCUGAUGCACACAAGUGCCCACAGUGCCCGGUUUGUCAGCGGGCCAUCGACAUUGGCCAAGGUUAUGCGGACCAGGCUCAUUGCCAGCCAUGCUUGGAGGACUUGCUGGCGGAGGUGCGACUACGACGCCAACAGCCCAGAAAGGAGACGAAGAGGGCUUGCAGAUGCUGUUGGCUUUGGGCUUUAUUGCCCGUCGUUCUACUGAUCGCCGUGUUCAACGUGGCUUUUUCCGUGGUGCUCGACCUUACUGGGCGCUGGAUGGCCAAGGAGCUGGAGCAACAUCCGGCUCUGCUGCGGCAGCACUUGCCCCCAGGCGCUGCAACACUGCUUUGCACGGAGGAUGCGAGGGACCUUCUCGAGGCAUGCAAAUUGGGGACGGUAGCAGGUGAACAGUCUCAGACACAAAGAUCAACUGUAGGAACGUGA